AUGGACAUAGUAGGGAGUUUGAGUUUUCCGUUGAACGAAGGUGAGAGUGACAAAAUCUACUUGAAUAAGGUAAUUUUGACAGAUGAUAAUGAUUUAGAGAGAUUGAAUAUUCAUGUUGAUGUAGUUAAUUAUAAACGAAAAUGUACUAAGAUCAAUUUCACCAAUACCAAGAGCCAAGAUGUGAUCAAGACACCCGUCUGCUAUAUAGAUAAUACUUCAAAUGUCAAAACCACUCCAUUGUUAGUGAAAUGUGAUCCUAAAUUUAAGAAAUUAAAAUUGAGUCUUUUAGUCAAGUAUCUGACUGGAAACAAAUCAUUAGUUAUUGUGAAGACCAAAGGGAAAGACCAAAAUUUGUCGUCAAUUAACCAAUAUUUGCUAUCCAAAGAAUAUAACAAACCCGAAAUCGAAGUAUCUCAAAUAAACUACUCCGAUCUACCCCUAGAAGCCAAUGUUUCGGACUUUCAAAGAAUAAUUGUAAAUGAUGGUUUCGAUAGUCAGGUAAUAAACGACGACAUUUUAAAUGUGUUUCUUCUUCAAACUGAUGGGACAAGGUAUACACAUUUGUUUGAUUUCAAAGUAUGGAUCGAUAAGCUAGAAACUGCAGAGAAACUUCAAAUUAAUACCCAAAUGGAAGACAAACCGUUGGUUGAUCAAUUAGUCGACCUACAAAUAUCCGAUUAUAGAAAUGCUUUUAAUUUUAUUUUAGAUGAUGGACCAGAGUUUAGACAAGCUUUAAGUAAAUAUGAACAAAGGAUACCGUCAGUUCAAAAAAAUAUAGCAAUAUUGAUAGAUGAAUUGAAAACAACAGAGAAUUCUUUGAAAAGAUUACAAAGUUCUCGAUCAAAGAUUAUUGAAAUUAUCAAUAAUCUAUCGAAAUUGAAUCCGAUUUUACCAAAAUUUAAUUUCAGAAAAGAGUUCCUGGAGAAGUUCGAAGAUAUUUACAAAUCUUUUGAAGUUGAAUUAAAGUAUGUACUCUCGAACACUUUUAACAAAAAAACCCUAGAUAAAAUCAAAUCGGUAUCAACUUUUGAUGACGAGCAUAAUAACGAGUUAACUACUAUAAAGAAGAAUUUUGAAAAUCAAUCAAAAGAUUAUUAUAAUUGGAUGAAGAAAUUUUUGUCUAAUGAUAAAGAAAAACCAGAACUGAAACUUUUAACCAAAAGAAAGAACUUUGAAUUAAGCAAAUUUGAUUAUUUGAAUUAUUUAAGUAAUUUUUUGAACAAUCAGUAUAUGAAUGAAUUGUUCGAAAACCUUUUCAAAUUUAUUGGUAAUGAUGACGAUGAGUUUAACAGUCAUUACAAGAUUUACUUGACAGUAUUACUAAAGUUUAAUGCUGAAAAAUUCAAAUUACGUCAAAUGAUCGAAGCUUGUAAAACCAAUGAUGAAUUAACGAACAUUAUAAAAGAUAACAAUUUAACUAUAAAACCAAAUUUCGAUGUGAACGAUGAUAAAGUUGUAACCACAGAUAAUGUCAAUUUGAUAUUUUCACCUAUUGAAGCACCCACCUCACCUGAAUUUAAUGAAGCUAAUUCCACAUACGAAAAGUCGGGUAUUUUAUAUGCCCUUGGGGGGAAAGGAAAACAAGGAUGGCAUAAGGAAUGGGUGGUUGUAAAAGAUGGUGAAUUGAGAGAGUAUUCUGAUUGGAGGACAGGAAAUGCACCAAUCAACAAACCAAUUCCUAUUGCAUUGACCAGUAUUAAACCUCUUUUGAAUGAAAAAAGACAACAUUGUUUUGAAAUUAUAACCCCUAAUCAAAAGUUUGUGUUCCAAGCAAUGAAUGAAUUAGAAAAAAACAAUUGGAUUAAAGUUCUUCUGAAUGCUAGACAUAUGACCAAUACCAGUAAUUUGGAAGACACAUCGAAAGUUACUAAGUCAAAAAAAUUGCAUUUGAAGUUAGACAGACACACUGUACCUAACAGUUCCAAUUCAGGGGUUUUGUCACCCACUUCAGUCAAAUCAUUUAAUCUAAUUACCAAGGAUUACCUCAAACAAGUGAGAUUAAUACCUGAAAGUGAUAAUCAUAUUUGUGCCGAUUGUAAUUCGACAGAAGAAGUAGAGUGGAUCUCAAUGAACUUUUUGAACAUUUUAUGUAUCAACUGUUCAUCUUGUCAUAGAAACAUGGGAAGCCAUGUUUCAAAGGUCAAAUCAUUAAGACUUGACAAUUUUGAGAAUGAAUCUGAAGUAUUAUUAAACUAUGUCAAUAACAAAUUACACAAUCAAUACCUCGAAGAAACAUCAUCUGUAGAUAAAUCCAAAUUAAAUACCCACGAGCAAAGACUAGCAUAUAUUAAAGAUAAAUAUAUUCACAAGGAAUUUAUCGUUAAAAGUAAUGAUUUGAAUGUUGUAUUAAUAAAAUCCGUUCAAAAAAUCGACAUUAACGAAGUCAUACAAACCGUUUCUUGCGGAGCAGAUUGUAAUUUGAAUUUACAAAUCUUGAAGAACAAAACAGACCAUCAAAACAUUUCCUUGUUUGAAUAUUCUCUAAGAAAAUAUAUCGAGAUCGAAAACAAGGACAAGAAAUAUUUCAUCAUUUCAGAAUUCCUCCUACUAAAUGGUAUAAAAAUCACAAAAGUCGACAAAGACUUGGAUCUUACACCUGAAGCAUUUAAAUACUGGGAAGAAAAGUUCAAUAAAUUCUUAUAG